AUGGAGAAAAUUAAAUGCAACCCUGAUGACAAAGGGGCUUCAUCGCCCAAAAUACGAAAACUGAAUAAUUUGAACGAUGCGGUUCAUGAAACGCUUAAUCGCGGCAGCAACAAUCAACCAGAUCAACAUAUGAAAAACUCCAAGAAGUUCGAGUUUGAAAUGGCGUCGUUGACAAUCGAUUCGAAUGAAGUUGUGCAUGAAUCUUCCGCAGAAACAAUUGAUGCGUCAAUGCGAGAUUCGAUGUGUGGUGUAGCCUCUGAUACCGAUAGCGUACUGCUAAAUAUAUCAAGCAAUCCAACAAUGGCAUCCAACUUUCAGGAUACAGGAAAUAAGGUAAAAAGAAAGAAAACUGAACGAUAUCUUCGUAUUCGAGAUCUUACACACGAAAGUCGAGGCAAAAUAAUCGAUCAACCAAAGAACACACAUUGUUUUGGAACCAAAAUUUCGGUAAAUGAACUUUUGCUUGAAAAUGAUAGCAUCGAUUUUGUCUCGGAAGUCCAACAGCUCGAAGCACCGGCCGGUGCGCUCGCCGCGACGGUCGAUGUGCUCGCCGCGACGGUCGAUGUGCUCGUCGGGACUGUCGGUGCGCGGACGGCCGGUGCGCUCUCCGGGACGGUCGAUGCGGGCGCCGGGAUGAUCGGUGUGCUCGAUGGGAUGAGCAUUGUGCUUGCCGGAACGGUCGGUGUGCUCACCGGGUCGGUCGGUGCACGGACGGUGCACGUAAUUUUUAAUGAAGCUGGGUCCGGGAAGUCAUUCUACAUCACUUGGCUAGCAAACUAUUUACAGGAGAUCUGUCCUUCGUGGUGGAUUAUUAAGAUAAAUCUGUAUGAAUAUUCCACGGACUUUGAACAGUUAAAAACUGAGGAACAAAGGCGAAAAACUGCCCAAAAACUAGCGAAUGCACUUGAAUUAUCAUAUGGCUAUGUGAAACUAAAUGAAUCCCUCGUCAAAAACUGGUUGCCGAAUGAGUUAUUGUUACUAAAAUUAUUUGAACGCAAGUCCAACGACAAACAACUCGUAAUUUUGAUGGACGGGUUUGACGAAAUCGCACCAGAUUACAAGCUUCUGGUAUGUGAAUUAUUAUUCACUCUUACAGAUUUUGACGGAAUUUGUAAGCUGUAUUUAUCUAGUCGACCGUACGUUAUGCUAAUAAUACCUAUGCUCGAAAAGUACAUUAAUUUGGAAGAAGAAUCAAUUUCAAAGCGAAUUAUUGAUGAGUGUGAGAAAGCCUUUGACCUUCUAACAAUGAUGGAAAGUGUUGUCGAUAAGAAGCUGAACAUUUUCAACAUUGAGAAAACAGGCUCAACUUAUAAUUCAGCUAAAACCCCUGCCGCGAGAGAAAGAGAAAAGGCCUUCAAACAAGACUUUGUAAAUAACCACACACUGUUGGCUUUGUAUGCUGUUUUUGACGAACAUGCAAUAAAGAUGCUACUAUCAAAUACACAAAUAGAAAAGGCUCGCAAGUGCAUGGAAAAUGUUCAUGAAGGAUCAGAAAAAUCUGGUUUUAUCGAAGGAAUAGUGAAUGGCGCACCGAUCUUCAACCACCGAUUGUUUGCGGAAUACUUUGCGUCUCUUUGGUUCCAUAGUCAUACAAAUGAUGCGAUUGUGAAAGACUUCUUGAAACGCAAAGUAUAUGACGCAGAUGAAAGAGUAGAAAUAACGCAGUUUUUGGAUAGAAUGAUUUGUAAAAACCUUCUUCUUCAUACUGCAAUUCUAGAUUGUUCAAAUUCUAAAAUAAAACACAUUCUUAAUGAAACCCCAAAUUCAAUAAAUAAAAAGGAUCCAUGGGGAAGAACCCCAUUGCAAUUGGCAGUUUUCAACUAUCGAUCACAAAUUUUCAAAGAUUACUCUUUUCAUUAUCUUCUCAAUAAAACAGUAGACACUAAGGGCACUGAUAAAGAAGGUAGAAAUCUGUUACAUUUAGCGGCAAAAUACGGUGAUUUAAAUUUCGUGAAAUGUCUGCAAGAGAAUCUUUUGAUUGUUUUGCUCAACUAG